ACAUAAUCAAAAAAUAAUGAUCUAAAAAAGAAAUUCAUUGAAUAUAAUGGAAUUGCCAACGAGAUUAUCUACUGCUUGUACAAACCAAGUAUAGAAUAUCAUAAUUUAUUAGGAUGCACCAUCUCCAAUUAAAUUAAUUAGGAAACUGACAAGGCAAGCAUCUACAAUUAAUGGAUCAUCUACUAAAAUUUAGACUUGCACUUCAAUUGUUCCUAAUAAAAGUUAAGAUGUUAUCUAAAAAUGUAUUUCAAUUGUUGAGCAAAUUCGACAAUAAUAUCAAGAAAGGUAGGCUAGUAGAUUUUUUCAUAUCCGUUCUUGUUCUAUGCCUUGCGAUAGAGUUUCUGUUAUCAAUUAAUUGAUUGAUACAAUAUUACCUCAAUCUCCAAGGAAAUAGCAAAGAUCAAUAGAGUAAGAUUGAUAUUUUUAUUUGAAGGGGUGAAAUUCAAUCUGUGAUGAAUUAAUUGAUAGAAGAGAAGCAAUAUAAAUAAAAGGCAAUUGAUUAGAGAGAUAGUUUGACUAAAAGACAAGAUUAUUCUAUAUAAUAACUCGUAAGAUUUUAAGUAUAUUUAAAGAAAUCUCGAAUUGAGCAAUAUAAAAAGUUGAAUUGA